AUGAAGUGGACGACGUGCGUCGUGGUGGCACUUGCCCUGGCGGUGGUGGCCAUGCUGGCCUCGACCGCACACGCCUACCCGUCCAACGUAACCGGCAUCAUUCGUGACUACGGCUACAGAUGCGACGACUACUGGGCCGAGACCGAGGACGGCUACCUGCUCUCCCUGCAGCGCAUCUACCACCGCACCCCCGGAGCGCGGAGGGGCGUGGUGCUGGUGCAGCACGGCCUCACCGACAACGCCAACGGCUUCGUACUCAACCCGCCUGACGAGUCCCUCCCCUUCAUCCUCGCCGACAAGGGCUACGAGGUGUGGCUGGGCAACAACCGAGGCAACGGGUACAGCAUGCGCCACAAGGUCCUCAACCCGUCUGAGCCCGCCUUCUGGCAGUUCACCUACGACGAGAUGGCGCAGUACGAUCUGCCGGCCAACAUCAACUUUGUGCUCGCCACCAGCGGCGCCGCCACGCUCGCCUACGUAGGCCACUCCGAGGGCACCAUCCAGGCCUUCGCCGGCUUCUCGGCCAACAACUCGAUCGCCGAUCGCGUUGACGUGUUCGUCGCCCUCGCUCCCGUGGCGUACGUGGGCCACCUGAAGGUGCUGCUGCUCAAUGCGCUCUCCCACCUGGACCCGAUCGAGAUCCUGCUGCUGCUGGGCGUCAAUGAGUUCAACCUUCCCACCGCCCUGCUCAAGCUCAUCCCCGAUGUGUGCACGCUCUACCCGCCCAUCUGCAACAACGUGCUCACCGCGCUCAUGGGUCCUUCCGUCGAGACCAACCAGUCUCGGCUGGCGUACUACCUCCGCUACGAGCCCAACCCCACUUCGGUGCUCAACAUGAUCCAUUGGUCGCAGGGAGCGGACACGGACGCCUUCCAGCGGUACGACUGGGGCGAGGCGGGCAACAUGAAGCGCUACGGCCAGCGCACGCCGCCGCCGUACCUGCUCUCGCAGAUGCCGCCCAAGCUGCCCGUCGCCCUCUUCACCGGCGGCAACGACUACCUCGCCGAUCCCAUCGACGUCGCGCGCCUCAAGAAGGAGCUCAGGCCUCCGGCGGUGUUCGAGCACUUCGAGCCGACCUACUCGCACGUCGAUUUCCUGUGGGCCGAGGACGCCAACGUGGACAUCUACCCGCACGUGCUCAGACUCAUCCAGCAGUACCACCACUGA